UCCUCCCAAUUCCAAAGACAUGCAGGUUAGGUGAAUUGCAGACUUUAAAAUGACUGUAGGUGUGAGUGUGUUUAUCUAAGUGUUGCCAUGCAAUAGACUGCCAUCCUGUCCCAGGUGAACCCUGCCUCUCACCCUAUGACUGCCGGGAUAGGCUCCACCCCCCAUGACAGUUGAUUGGAGUAAGCAGAAUGUCUGAAGAGCGAAGGUCAGUUAGAGAGCGAUCCACAGUGGGUCGAUUUCCAGAGAUUCUUGGAUCUACAGAGGAAGACAAAGAAGAACCAGAAAAAGAAAGUAAAACUGAAGAAGGUGUAUGUUGGCGGUGGCUGCGUCGUAACUGCCCUUGCUGCUUUCCCGCGUCAGAUGCCGAUACUUUGGUCACAACGAUCGAUGACACUGAGAAGGAUGACACGAAACCUGAUGAGAAGCCUGGGACCACCGACAGUGACCUUGAUGAACUUCUGAAAGUACAAUCGAUAGAUCUGAUGAAAAGCCAAGCAGAGCAGAACCGACUGGAACACCACACAAACCUCUACCAAAGUGAUGACUUUAUCAUCCGUAGAGGUCAGAAUUUUCACAUGUGGGUCACCCUGUCUCGAGCUUUUGAUCCCAGCACAGACAAACUUCACCUCGAACUUCAAACAGGUACUCUGCCAGCAGUGGCAAAAGGAACUCAUGUCAUUGUGCCUUUGGUGGAGGAUUUUGGAGACAGCACUUGGGAAGCUAUUAUUGUCAAAACGGACGGCAACAGAUUAAAGUUGCUGGUGAACUCUCUACCAACAGCUGUCAUUGGUCGAUACCGACUCACGGUGGAAACAAGUUGUCCAAAAGGGAAGGCCAGCUCCACAUAUGACCCUGCUAAUGACAUCUACAUGUUGUUCAACCCCUGGUGCGAAGAUGACACAGUGUUCAUGGAUGAUGAGGAUGAGAGGAAGGAAUAUGUGCUGAAUGAUGUUGGUUUAAUUUACUACGGCACAGAGAUUCAGAUAGCAGUCAGAACCUGGGACUUUGGACAGUUUGAUGAAGGGAUUCUUGCUGUUUGCUUCUUUGUCCUGGAAAAGAGUGGAACACUACCAUCUGGUUGGGGAGACCCAAUUAAUGUGGUGCGAGUUAUCUCAGCCAUGGUAAACUCUCCUGAUGAUUACGGUGUCCUGGAAGGGAACUGGUCUGGAGACUAUUCAGAUGGAACGUCUCCAACAGUUUGGAGUGGCAGUGUUGAAAUACUGAAGGACUACCAUAAAUACAAAGGCACCCCUGUUAAAUAUGGGCAGUGUUGGGUGUUUGCUGGUGUUGUUACGACUAUACUACGAUGUUUAGGCAUUCCCAGUCGUCCUGUGACCAACUUCAGGUCAGCUCACGAUACAGAUGUCUCUUUGACAACUGAUGUAUACUUUGAUGACAAUCUGGAGCCUUUAGCGUACCUCAAUGCUGACUCAAUCUGGAACUUUCAUGUGUGGAAUGAUUGCUGGAUGGCCCGUACAGAUUUACCUCCUGGCAUGGGGGGCUGGCAGGCUGUUGAUGCCACACCUCAGGAGACAAGCCAGGGGAUCUUCCGAUGUGGGCCUGCUUCUCUGGCAGCUAUCCGCAAUGGUCAGGUCUACCUCAAACAUGACUCUCCAUUUGUGUUUGCUGAGGUGAACAGUGAUAAAAUAUACUGGCAAAGAAAUUCAUAUGGGACCUUCACUCAGUUUCACAGUGAGAAAAACUCAGUGGGUCACUACAUCAGCACCAAGGCUGUUGGGUCUGAUAAGCGCAGUGACAUCACUCACCUUUACAAACACCCUGAAGGCUCAGAGGAAGAACGUAUUGCCGUGGAAAGAGCCUGCCGUUAUGGCUCCAAAUCAGAGGCCUAUUCUGCCCCUAAAGCAGAGGAUGUUUCUGUGGAAGUGACCAUGGAUGGUGAAGGGCCACAAAUGGGAAGGGAUGCAGAGUUGACCAUUGUGCUGACAAACAGCAGCUCAGAGCAUCGACAAGUCAUCCUGCACAGCCAGGUGUCAGUCAUGUACUACACAGGAGUGCACAAAGCUGUAGUCAGAAAGGACAGGAUGGAGGUGGACGUGCCAGCCAAUGAUGUUAACGUUCUGGACUGGAUCCUGGAGUAUAACCACUACAAGGACAAACUCGUGGACCAGGCGGCACUGAUGCUGACACUGUCGGGCAGGGUCAAAGAAACACAGCAGGUCCUCGCCACUCAGUUCAGUUUCAGACUCAAGUUGCCAGACCUCAUCAUAAAACCCAUCGGAAUGGCCAAAGUUGGGCAAAAGAUGGCAGCAGAAAUUUCAUUUACAAACCCGCUACCACGGAUGCUGAAAGCUGUGAUAUUUCACGUGGAAGGAAUUGGACUCAUGACUCCUCGAAUGAUUAGUUAUGGUGAUAUUGGCAGAUAUGCUUCAGUGUGUCUAACGGAACAUUUCGUCCCCACCCUUCCCGGACGGAGGAAAUUGCUGGCUUCUCUAGACUGCAAAGAGCUCACUCAGGUUCACGGUGUAGUGGACAUCAUCGUGCAGGAAAAAAAUAAUGUGCUUGUAUAAAAAUUUCCAAACUGUGCCACUUUGACAGUGAAUGUUUGACACCAAAUUACUGCUCUUCCCCCACUGUGAAGUAUUUUCUCAUGAACUUUACAGCAUAUAGAUAUACGUAUAUUGAGAAUUACACAGGCUUGACACUAUGCUUCUACUUUUAUUUCCAAACAAUUUUCAAAACAAAGGCAAGAAACCUAUUUACAAAAUAUACUGGAAUCAUAUUUUUGUGAUUUCAUCUGAAAAUAUUAACUCUUUGGAAUUUAUAAAACUCAGUUUUAGUCACCACAUUCCGGUCUUAGGCCAGGCUCUCAUUGCUAAGACACCUACAUGUGUACUUUUUUAGUGAGGAAAAAAAUAGUUACCUAAAUCAGGACCUGAAAACAAGUGUAAUCAGUGUGUGCAACCUUUUUGGUAGAAUGGCCUAAGCAGUGGGUCACCCCUUUGAGUCUGGUCUGCUUGAGGUUUCUUCCUCAAUAUCAUCAGAGGUACAGUUCGAUGAGACACACAGCUCCAUGAGGGAGGCAGCUCAAUGAAGAGCUCUGAGCAGUCCACACCACUCCGUUCAUUGCUCUGGCAAAAGCAUAUAUGUUUAUGAUAUCUCAGGAGCAAACGUAGGUGAGGAUAGUGACAGAAACCUGCCUCCUGAUUAUUCACUGCAAUGUCAAUCAAUACCACAAAUCCCAUAAAAAAAAAAAAACAUUUUGCCCUCUUCAGAACAUAAGACAGUUUUGAGAUUUUACUAUACAUUUUAGCUUUGUGGAAAAGUGUGGCCAUAACCACGGGAGUACUGCAUCGACUGUAUGAAGACGUGCUGUGGGUGGCAUGCUCACAAGCAUUUGUGUCAUGGAGCUCAUCAACAAUAAUAAUAGAAAACAAGGAAUUUUGCCUCUUAUUUUAAUAAAUUAGACCAGAUUUCCUCAUUUUUAGAAUCAAGUUGGAAAUUGCAAAAAAUCUGCAAUGGGAGCUUGGCUUUAGUCAAAAUUGUAUGAUGCAUUUAUGAUUCCUGUUCUAUCAGCUGAAGAUACACUGUGGCAACUUCAGCAAAGGUGCUUUUGAUUUUAGGAUGAAAUCACAAGUGUGCAAUUCUAUUCUUUGUUUUUGUUUUGUUUCAUAAAAGUAGCAACUUAAAUGCUGUUGUACCCCAAGAGUAGUAUUUAUUGAUUAAAUGUUAU